GCAGCAGGAGGCUGGCCUGUGGCCAAGAAUGCAUGGUGGAGGGGGCCUGGAGGGGGACUGCAGCUCCUCCUCUUCCUGCUUCCUCCCUGCUCCACCCCGUGCCUAGGGCAGCACGAAAGCCAAUUGCUAGCAGACUCCCUGCCUAGCAAGGCCCAGCCUGGGGCAGAAAUGGCUGCAAGUGGCCGAGGUCUCCGCAAGGCUGUGGCCGCCUCUCCCUUCCCAGCUUGGAGACGAGCUCACACGGAAGCAGGGGGAGGUCUGAAGCCUGAGUAUGAUGCGGUGGUGAUAGGAGCAGGACACAACGGACUGGUGGCUGCAGCGUACCUGCAGAGACUGGGGGUGAACACCGCCGUCUUCGAGAGGCGCCAUGUGAUCGGGGGUGCGGCUGUCACUGAGGAGAUCAUCCCAGGGUUUAAGUUCUCCCGCGCGUCCUACCUGCUCAGCCUGCUGAGGCCGCAGAUUUACACUGAUCUGGAGCUGAAGAAACAUGGGCUGAGGCUUCAUCUUCGAAACCCCUACUCCUUCACCCCCAUGCUGGAAGAGGGUGCAGGCAGCAAGGUGCCCAGGUCCCUUCUGCUGGGCACAGACAUGGCAGAAAACCAGAAGCAGAUCGCCCAGUUCUCCCGGAAGGAUGCCCAGGUCUUUCCCAGAUAUGAGGAGUUCAUGCAUCGCUUGGCAUUAGCCAUUGACCCUUUGCUGGAUGCGGCUCCCGUGGACAUGGCAGCCUUCCAGCGUGGCUCCCUGCUGCAAAGGAUGAGGUCGUUCUCCACCCUCAAGCCCCUGCUGAAGGCAGGCCGCAUCCUAGGAGCCCAGCUUCCCCGAUAUUACGAGGUCCUCACAGCUCCCAUUACCAAGGUGCUGGAUCAGUGGUUUGAGUCUGAGCCUCUAAAAGCCACUCUAGCCACAGAUGCUGUGAUUGGAGCCAUGACAAGUCCCCACACUCCGGGGAGUGGGUAUGUGCUGCUGCAUCAUGUGAUGGGAGGCCUGGAGGGGAUGCAGGGGGCCUGGGGCUACGUCCAGGGGGGCAUGGGUGCCCUCUCUGAUGCCAUCGCAAGCUCAGCCACCACACAUGGAGCAAGCAUCUUCACUGAAAAGACAGUGGCGAAGGUGCAGGUGAACAGUGAAGGCUGUGUUCAAGGAGUUGUGCUGGAAGAUGGCACAGAGGUGAGAAGCAAAGUGGUGCUGUCCAACACAUCACCGCAGAUCACCUUCCUGAAGCUGACGCCACAGGAUGAAGAGGAUUUCUGGAGAGAGCGACUGAGCGAUCUUCCUGAGCAAAGAAAGAAGGCAGCUUCCUUGGGGCCUUGGACAUCUGAGGCCUUUCAUGGAGCCUUCUCCUUCCAGGAGUGGCUUCCUGAGGAGUUCCUGGAGAGAAUCUCUCAGCUGGACACCCGGUCGCCUGUCACCAAGAUCAAUGUGGCCGUAGACAGGCUGCCCAGCUUCCUGGCGGCCCCCAAUGCUCCCAGGGGCCAGCCGCUGCCGCAUCACCAGUGCUCCAUCCACCUGAACUGUGAAGACACCCUCCUCCUUCAUCAGGCCUUUGAAGAUGCCAUGGACGGCCUGCCUUCCCACAGGCCUAUAAUUGAGCUCUGCAUCCCUUCCUCGCUGGACCCCACCCUGGCUCCCUCCGGCUGCUACGUAGUCUCCCUCUUCACUCAGUACACGCCCUACACGCUGGCUGGAGGCAAGGCCUGGGACGAGCAGGAGAGAGACGCUUAUGCAGACAGAGUGUUCGAUUGCAUCGAGGUCUAUGCCCCUGGCUUCAAGGACUCUGUGGUUGGCAGAGACAUCCUCACACCACCAGAUUUGGAAAGAAUCUUCGGGCUUCCUGGGGGGAACAUAUUCCACUGCGCCAUGUCCCUGGACCAGCUCUACUUCGCCCGCCCCGUGCCCCUGCAUUCUGGCUACCGCUGCCCUCUCCAGGGCCUGUAUCUCUGUGGAAGUGGGGCUCAUCCUGGAGGAGGUGUGAUGGGAGCUGCUGGGCGAAAUGCAGCACAUGUGGCCUUUAGGGACCUCAAGAGCAUGUGACUCUGAACCAGCUCUGACCCAGGAAGAAGACUCCACCCCUGAAUUCCAAGUGCUCCAUUGGAUCAGCUUCCCAGGAAGUUCAGCUUCGGGUUAGUACAGAAGGCCACCACAAUGCUCAAGAAAUUAUUUUAGAAAAAACGUAUGAGUUACAUUUAGUCCAAGUUACCUUAUGCCCAUGCCUCCAUACAUGGACUGGUUCUGUUUUAUUAAAACUAAUAUUUCAUACAGAU